GAACCCAACCUGACCUGAGAGUCACAGAAAGCAGCCACACAGAUGAACAGAUACACAGAUACAGAAAAAACAAAACAAAAACAAAAAGUUGUUACAUACUACACGAGCAGUAUUAAUUCUUUGCUUCUGCUCCCCGUUGCUUUUGCUCUUCGUCAGAUUAAUCCUUUCCUUCCUUAGCUCCGCGGAUUUGUUCACCAUCACCACCAUCACCGCUGCUACUUGUUCCUCCAUGCCCAAGAAAAGGAUUAAUUGACCUAGCUAGCUACCUUUUCCCUCUUCCAUCACAUAUAAAUAUAUAAAUAUAUAUAUAGCUCUGCUACUUUAGAGAGAGAGAGGGAGAGAUGUGAUUUGAGCUUGGCGGUGAGCGAGAAAGGGAGGCCAGGUUUUGGAGGUUUGGAUUAAUGGCGAGAGAGACCUGAGGAAGAAGAAGAAGAAGAAGAAAGGUGCUGAGCCGGCCACUCCUGUCCUGUGCUGCUACAAAAGCUGGAGGAGGAGCUCGGAUUGCAUAUGGGAGAAGGAGAUUCUCGUUUACUGACAUGGAAUCGAGGAGAUUGGAGCAGUUAGUGUUCCUGCUUUGCUGCUUUGCAGCAAUCACAUGCAGCUUGCAUGCAACACAAGCACAAGCCCAGGGCCAAAUCACUCAACACCACCUCAAGAAAAGCUCACCCCACAAUGGAGCAGUGGGCAGAAUUUUGUCAGAGAUGACGAACAGAUCGGAUAGCACUCUUUCGAGAAGAAUAAGAAGAGUCGAUCCUCUUGACGGCUUAAGGAAGUAUGAGGGGGGAUACAAUAUCACAAACAAACAUUACUGGAGUUCGACAAUAUUUACAGGUAGACCUGGAUACGUUAUUGCAGCAUUAUGGCUUAUCGGUGGAAUUAUUUUUGUGGGAGCUCUCCUCAUCUCAAAGAUUUUCUUUGCGAAAAGGAACACCGGAUAUGGCGACAUGAAUUAUUUCCUCGCAAGAUUCCACAUCUGUUCUAUGAUAAUUUUCAUUCUCCUUGCAGCUUUUGUCAUAGUUGCAUCAGCAAUCGCGAUUCGCGGUGCCGUGAGAUUUCAUUCAAGAGCAGAAGCUGUCAAAGAGAUCAUCGGCAGAACUGCGCUUGAGGCAACGGCGACAAUCUACAACAUAACAGAAGCCAUUGAGAAGAUGCAGAACACAUCAAGGCUAUAUAACAAUAACAGCCAAGCUUUUGAUCAUCUGAACUCAACCGUGAAGGCCCUCAACUCUGAAGCAGUGGAGAUUCAGUCAAAGGCAGAGAAGAACAUGCGUUUGGUCAGCAAAGGGAUCAACAUAUUGGAAGCUGUGACCAUCUUAACUGUGACUCUGAAUCUUUUCGCCGUUCUUGCGUUGCUGGUAAUGAGGCCCCUAAGGCUACAAAAAUUGUGCAACCUGUGCAUAGCCAUCUGCUGGAUCCUGACAGCACUCAUCUGGAUGUACUUCGGCCUGUACUACUUCCUCGACGAGUUCGCCGGCGACACUUGUGCCGCGCUGGAGGAGUACCAGCUUGACCCCAAGAACAGCACGCUGGGCACCAUCAUCCCCUGCAGCGAGAAAUUCUCCGGCAGCGUGAUCCUGCACGACGUCGGCGCAGGCAUCCACGACAUCAUUGAUCAGGUGAAUUCCAACAUUUACACGAUAAAGUCGGAGUACGGGGUGAAGCAGCUGGAUUAUAUCUGCAAUCCGUUCGCCGGCCCGCCGGAGUUCCGGUACCGGCCGGAGAAUUGCCCUUCCGGCGCCGCCACCAUCGGAGACAUCCCUCAGAUCCUGAGGAGGCUGACGUGCACGGACCUGGGCGGCGGCGCGCACUGCGCGCCGGCGGAGCUCUCGUCGGCGAUCGACUACGGCAAGGUGGAGACGUACACGAGCUCCAUCCAGAACAUGCUCGACAUCUUCCCGGGCACGGAGCGGCUGCUCACCUGCGAGCUCGUCGAGUCCGGCUUCGCCGACAUCGUCGGCCGCCAGUGCGCGCCGCUGUCCCGCGGCGCCCGCGCGGCGUGGUCCGCGCUCGCCGCGCUCUCCGCGGCGACGACGGCGCUGCUCGUGCUCGCCGCCGCCGCCGCCGGCGUCGGCGGCGGCGGCGGCGCGCGGCACGCCGGCGACGACCGCCACUCUGUGAGGCACCUGACGUCGUCGUCCAACUCGGAGAUCUCGGAGGCCGAGUUCGCCGAGAUGCACGCCAAGAAAGUGCGAGUCCUCGCCAUGGUCGAUCGAGCGUGAGCUCAAACACACACCGAUCGAGUUGUUUUUUGAGGUGUUCUUGGGCGAUUUUGGAGGUUAAGAGGAUUCAAUUCAUGGCGGUCGCCGCCGGCGGUAGAGACUGAUCCAAGGAGAGAUCGUCCACCGCCGCGCGCUCGCUCGCCGGCCGCCAUUGUCGACGUGAAAAAGAAAAAGGGUUUUUGUUUUGUUUGUUUUGGGGGAUGGUAUGGAGAAUCCAGCCAUCCGCCCGCCAUGGAUGAAUUUUGGUGAUGGUAUAGGAAAAGGAGGGAGGGGGGGGGGGGAAUGAUUAAAUUUU